GCUGCCGUCACCAUACACGGAGGAAGGGUUACUGAGUCCCCUCCUCAUACACAAAAAAACGCGUCCUUCCCCGGGAAUGAGUUAUUGAUCGCUCGCUAUAUCGGGCUCUGGUGCCUGUCAUCGUUAUGGAGCUUUUCCAAGCGAAGGACCAUUACAUCCUACAGAAUGGGGAGAGCGCGCUGUGGUGCAGCCGCCAGGACGGAUCUCUACAGACCAGAGCGGCUACCGACCUGCUUUUGGCUUGGAAUCCGAUUUGCCUGGGUCUUGUAGAAGGCGUCAUUGGUAAAGUUCAGUUGCACACAGACCUACCUUGGUGGCUUCUUCUCAUUCGGCAAAAGUCUCUGAUUGGCAAACUUCCAGGUGGACAUGAGAUAAAUAAAAUAACAAAGAUCGCGGUUAUACCACUGUCUAGUGCGGAGCCUCAGGACCUUGAGCUAGAGCUUUGCAAGAAACAUCAUUUUGGGAUAAAUAAGCCAGAAAAGAUCACACAAUCCCCUGAUGACUCUAAAUUUCUCAUGAAGACCUUCACCCAGAUCAAAUCAAAUGUUUCUGCUCCAAAUAAGAAAAAGGUCAAAGAGAGUAAAGAGAAAGAGAAGCUGGAGCGAAGGUUGCUGGAGGAGUUGUUCAAGAUGUUUAUGGAUUCUGACUCUUUUUACUACAGCCAGACGUAUGACCUGACAAGCUCAGUACAGAGACAGAGUUCAGCAGAAAAAAGUGAUCUCCCAUUGUAUCAAAGGGUAGCUGACAGGUACUUUUGGAACAAGCACAUGAUACAAGAUGUCAUCAAUAGUAAGGAUCCUCAGGGGUGUUUCUGGAUCCUGCCCAUUAUUCAUGGAUUUGUCCAAAUUGAAGAGCUAGUGGUGAAUUAUAAUGAAUCUUCAGACGAUGAGAAGAGCAGCCCUGACACCCCUCCUCAAGAACCUGUAUGUGUUGAUGAUGUACAUCCUCGAUUCAUGGUAGCGCUUAUAUCACGAAGGAGCAGGCACAGGGCAGGUAUGAGGUACAAACGCAGAGGGGUGGAUAAAAAUGGACACGUCGCAAAUUAUGUAGAAACGGAGCAGCUAAUACACGUCCACAAUCACACGUUGUCAUUUAUCCAAACCCGAGGCUCUGUGCCUGUCUUUUGGAGUCAGGUCGGGUACAGGUAUAAUCCACGGCCUCGGCUGGACAAGGGCGAAAAGGAAACCAGCCAGUAUUUCAGUUUGCAUUUUACCCAAGAGUUGUCUAUUUACAAGAAACAGGUUAUUCUAAAUCUGGUGGACCAGGUUGGCAGGGAAAAGAUCAUCGGGGAUGCCUACUUGAAACAAGUGUUAAUGUUUAAUAAUCCAAACCUCACAUAUGUUACUUUUGAUUUUCACGAACACUGCCGUGGGAUGAAGUUUGAAAAUGUUCAAACUCUUUCGGAUGCAAUUUGUGAUAUUAUCACGGACAUGAAAUGGUGUUGGGUUGAUCAUGCUGGUGUGAUCUGCAAGCAAGAUGGGGUUUUCAGAGUGAACUGUAUGGAUUGUCUAGAUCGUACCAAUGUUGUACAAGCUGCUAUUGCACGGGUUGUCAUGGAACAGCAGCUUAAAAAACUAGGUGUGAUGCCCCCUGAGCAGCCCCUGCCACUGAAGUGCUACCGCCUGUACCAGAUUAUGUGGGCAAACAAUGGCGAUGCUAUCAGCAGACAGUAUGCGGGGACAGCCGCUCUCAAGGGAGACUUUACGCGGACUGGUGAAAGGAAACUGGCGGGAGUGAUGAAGGAUGGCGUCAAUUCUGCAAAUAGAUACUAUCUGAACCGCUUCAAGGAUGCGUACCGGCAAGCAGUAAUAGACUUAAUGCAGGGGAUUCCGGUAACCGAGGACCUGUAUUCAAUCUUCACAAAAGAGAAGGAGCAUGAAGCUUUACAUAGGGAGAGUCAGCGGAAUCACCAAGAGCUGAUCAGCCAGCUCCUGCAGAACUACAUGCAAAUGCUGCUGCCAGAAGAGGAGAAAUUCCAUGGCGGUUGGGCCCUUAUAGACUGUGACCCCAGCCUUAUUGAUGCCACUCACAAAGAUGUGGACGUCUUGCUGUUGCUCUCCAACUGUGCUUAUUAUGUUGCUUACUAUGAUGAUGAAGUUGAUAAAGUGAAUCAGUAUCAGAGACUAAGCUUGGAUGACCUGGAGAAGAUAGAAAUUGGACAUGAACCCACAUUUUUUGGGAAGCCCAAAUUCUCUUGCAUGAGGAUGCACUAUAUAUACAAAGGGAACAGUGGCUAUUUCCACACGCUAAGAGCUGUUAUGCGUAAUCCUGAUGAGGACGGCAAAGAUACGCUACUGUGCAUAGCAGAAAUGCUGCGGAUUACUAAACAGGCCAUGGGGUCAGAUGUGCCUAUCAUCGAGAAGAAGUUAGAAAGGAAGAGCAGCAAGCCCCAUGAGGACAUAAUGGGCAUACGUUCAAGGAAUUCAAGACUGGGGAUUAACAGCAUGGGUUUAACCCAGAGUAAAAACUUCUUAAUGAGUAAAUUCUCCUCAUUGAACCAGAAAGUCAAACAAACAAAUAUUGGAAGCUUACGCAAGCUAGGAAACUUCAACAAGGCUGAAGUGAAGGGCUUCCUUAAACCAAACUUGCAAGUCAGCCUGUGGAAGUCUGAUAGCAGCCUGGAGAACAGUGGUACAGAGAUCAAGGGUCAUACAGAAUCGGACUUAGAGAUUUCUUCAGACAGCGACUCCUUUCAUUCAGAUGACUACCUUCCCAAGUCUGACGAUGACGGUUCCCUAGAAGCCAUAGGUCAGACGGACUAUGUGCUUCCAAGCUGUGGGAUAAUUGCCUCUGUUCCUCGCUUGGGAAGCCGUUCCCAGUCUGUCAGCAGCACAGAGACAAAUCUUCACAUUCCUACAGAGAUCAACGUUACCAGUUGUGAGGAUUCUGGGAGCAGAGAAGCCUCACCAGUACAAAAUAAUGUUCUUAUAGACUUUGACACACCCAUUGGUGCCUAUUGUCACCAGUUUGUUUCCGAUGCACAAAACAAAGAAACAAUCACUCCUAUGGCUGUGCAAAAGGAAGAGCAAAGGGACCAAGAAUCAUUCAGUCAUAAACCUCCAGGGAACCCUGCAGGUACUUUAAAAUAUGAGGAAGAGCAACCUCCUCGGCCUUCUCAACUUGAUGUAUCACCUAAUAACUUGGGUUCACAAUUAUUGUCUGUUGAUCCAGCUAAAUCAGCAUCUGGACAAGCAAGUCCUGGGUCAGGUUCUGCUUCGGCACCUUCACCUGCAGAUGGAAACAGCCGAGCAGUGUCUCCUUUUGCUAAGAUCUGUAGUUCUGUGGUCCAAGUGGCUAACAUUACUCAAGCCGGUCUUGCUCAAGGUAUCAACUUUGCUGUAGCAAAAGUUCAGAAGAGUCCAGAACCAGAAGCUGCCCCAGCCAUUCAGCAAACUGACUUUAAGGAGAUGUUCACUCAGUGUCAGACACGCAUAAUACAGAUCUAAGUGAUCACAUAGAAGGUUCAUAUAUGUUACUUUAUGGAACUUCAUCAAAAUCAUGUAUUUAUAAAUCACUUAAUGGUAAGCGUGGCAGUGGAUUGUGCUGAACGCCACUAUGUCGUGAACUGCAUUACAUUUACAGCCUUUUAGGAUACUGGGAUCAAACACAGAAAUAUGUUUACAAUUUUUUGUUCUGUAAUACGUUUUCAGAAUUGGUACUUUCUAGCAUCUGUUGGCAGCAAUGCUAAUUGCCAAGGUUGAGUCUAUUUUUAAAGAUGUCACUAUUUUGGGCUUUUUUUAUUAUUUUACUUUUGUUUUAAUAUAUAGGACCAAUGUUCUAUUUUAGUUUAUUGUACUAUUUAUUGUUAGAUCAUUUUUAUAUGUUGGCUUUUUCUGGAUUUUAUUUGAAUUUUAUUAUGUGGAUGUGUUCCUUAAUGUGUGCUCUUAGAAAAACAGUCAGCAUUGUUAAUGUAUAUAUAUUUUUUUAACGUUUUCACAUUUGCACAACUUUUUUCCUAGCCUUAAAUUUACUACAGCACCUUUUUGUGUUUUUAAUUUAAACACGAGGGAAAUAUUUACAAGUUUUUCCACUGUAUUCCAUCAGGUCUAAACACUGGUAGGUUUUAUAUGGUAUUUGGCAGCAGAAGAAAAAAAAAACAAUGCAUAAGAGAGCAAAUUGUAUAUCACAGAACUCCUGUUGACAUAUAAGUGCUGAGACUUAUAACUUCUGUAGAGUAAGAUAAGUUGUCACUUUACACUGGUAUCUAAAUUAGAAGACAUUGCGAUCACUUAGGGUCCAUGAUAGUGUUUAUAUGGAAAGAUUUACCUGCAAGAUGUAAGAAUAUAGCAAAACAGACAGACUACACAAUUUCCAAAACCAUUAUAUAUAGCAGUUACACAAUUGUAUAAUACAAAAAGACAAUGCAAUAACACUUUGAAUUUCUAAUGAGCAGGAUUUUUUCCCCUGUAUAAUGACCGCUGUCAGACAAUCACAGACUCAUAUACAAAUAUUGUAAACUUGUGCACAUGCUCAGUAGAAGGACACUGUACAGAAUUGGAUUAUGGGAACAAACUGCAAUUUUAUUUAUUUUUGUAAUUGCAUUCUUUUUCUAAAUCAUGAAAAUAAUUUCCAUUUAACAGCCUUGUAUUUAUCUUAUACAAAGAUGCAAAUGAACUGAAUUUGGAAUUGAUUCACAGACCUUUAUAUUGUGCUAUUGACCUGGCCUUUUAAAGAAAAGCUGGAUAUUUGCACCCAUAAAGCAUUGUAUGGAUUAACUUAUUAUAAA